CGCAGACUACGACGGUGAAUUGCAACAAAAAGGUGGGCCGCUACGUCAUCAUUGACGCACCGAGUGUCGGCGACAGAAAGCGGCACCUUUUUAAGGCUUCAAGAAAUCGAAUCCAUCUUAGACAGCAUCUUGGUCCUCCCGUGCUUUCUAAAUGGAAAUAUACCAGGGCACCAAAAUGCCAGAUGGAUACCUAAAUGGCCAGAUGGAUCUUUCUCCUAGCUCAACAUCUAACCUUUUCUUCACUGAGGUGAGAGUAAAUGGACAGGAAUUUCCUACUAACCGACCAGCUGAGCAUUUUAAGGGUUUCCACAUUGCGUUCCUCACUACCAUCCUUGACGUGUUUCCCAGUAGGAUGUAGACGGUGCGUAUUGCUACAUAGCUCAGAGGUAGACGCUGUUCAUGAGUUGGGUCGUCUUCCCUAACUUUGGUAGUUGUAGUCUUUGCCGGUCGUCUUCCCGGUUUCUCGUCCAGUAGUUAUUAUAAGUGUUUCGGGCGUGUAGACAGUAGGACACCAAAGAAAAAUAGCUACAUAAGAGGCACCAUGGCAUGAUAUCUGGGGAAUGCAAUGUCGCAACCUCUAGUCAUUACGAUUUCUG